AUGUAUAUUGGAUACCACGACCAAGACGUCCCAAAAGCCAAAAUCAACAGGAAGGUAGCUGCAAAGUGGCAAUAUGCCUUAGCGGUGACCUACAAUCCGGUCGUCUGUCUUGUCAAAGCCUCAUUCCUGUGGAGUCUCCAAAAACUUCGCUCCCGAAACAUUGCGAUCCGGCGCUGUUUGUGGGCCAUCCAAUUGAUCAACGCGGCCUACUUAAUUGCUGCACUGAUUUUGAACCUUGUCCCUUGCCUCCCUGUCUCUCGCCAAUUUGACAAGACAAUCAAAGGCAAAUGCUACGACGCAUACAAUUUCGUCGUCGGCACAAUCUGCGUGGUUCUCAUCACCGAUGCUAUGGUACUUGUCAUGCCUUCAUGGAUUAUAUACGACCUACAAAUGCCUCUUCGCCGGAAACUGAUCACCAUUUCCUUUCUGUCACUUGGUUUCGUCGUCAUCGCAAUCGGGAUUCUUCGGCUGCACUGGCUCUCCCAGAAAUUUAAGGGGCAUUCCAAGUCAUACUCUAUCGAGCAGUCCUACUCCGCGAUGGAAUGCAAUAUCGCCAUUAUCGGUGCCUGCGGCCCAACCGUAAAAUACAUUCUCGGCGGCUUAAUCCCCAGUCUCCGGCCAGAAAACCACAGCAAGAAAGCUUCGAACUAUGGCCACAGCUCCAGCAAUCAAGGGAUAUCGCGCCGGCAGCGAUCGAAGUACGACACGAAUACGUACGAUGAUCUAGACAUGGCAACGGUGCGACAAGAUGAGAUUGAGAUGAAAGGCGACUGGCGAUGGCGGUCCAAGAAUGAUUCGGACGCGAACAGCGAUGAGCAGCGCAUGACGACGGACAUGAACGACGGCAUUAUGAAGACGGUCGAUUGGACGGUUUCUUCGCGAGAGGACUCUAUGGCCGGGAGACUACCCGUUGCGAAAGACGCACACUCAGAUGUCCGCGUUGCAGUCCAGCCUGCGAAUGUGGUAUGA